GCGCUGGGGAACCGGUACAGACCUUAGAUGCCUACCUCGUUCUGAAGCCAUACCUGUGCAAAACAUCCUACCUUCGCCAACUCAUGAUUUGAAAGACAGCAGCUUGGGUGUUGAAUGCACCCUCCCAUCUUCCACGCCCAUCCCACCACCCCAUCAUCAACCCGUCGCCACGUCCAUCCUUGGAUACCAUGCAGGAACCAUACGAAUUCACCGACAGCACCGACUGGCUCAGCACGCCUCUCGCGGCUCUGGCGCCCCUCGAAUCUUCGCUCCGCUGUCAAGUGUGCAAGGAUUUCUUCACAACGCCCAUGAUGACGAGUUGCUCGCACACGUUCUGCAGCCUAUGUAUUCGACGGUACUUGUCUCAGGAGGGGCGGUGUCCCGCAUGUCGGGAAUCGGACCAGGAAAUCAAAUUAAGACGGAACUGGGUUCUGGAAGAGUUGGUUGCGAACUUUACGGCGUCGCGGAGGGGAUUGUUGGAAUUUGCGAGAAGGGCAGCCGAGAAGACGCUAGCAGACGACGACAACGGCGGUGGUGCCGCGGAAUCACAGAGGCCGAAGAAGAGGCGGAAAGUGGCGAAUGACCACAAGGACAACACCGUACCCAAUGGAACGACGGAGAGACGGAGUACACGGAGCCAGAGCAAGAAAUUGACUGCAAGCCAAAGCCAACAGAGUGCUGCGGCGCCGUCGUCGACGCCCGAGUCUGUGAUUGAUGUGAUUGAGGACAGCGAGGAAGAAGGGAGUUUAUACGAAGAGACGGGACAAAGGCCCACAACGAGUCACAGUCCGCCGUCUUUGGCUAACGGUAACGGCUCGGCUGCCACUGAGCCAAACGACGGGCUGGUGGCAUGUCCAUGUUGUCAUCGCAGGAUGAAGGAGACCCUGAUAAAUUCGCACUUGGACAAGUGUAUCUUGGGCGAGAGUACCACGCCUGUGGAUGGCGGUGGCGGUACUACAACUAGGACAUCGUCUCCGGCACCAGGCCCAGCACCAACACCACCGCAGAUUGCUGCCCCAGGCACAAUCGCCUACACGCAGAAAAAGCCGGCGAAACAGAAUGAGCGCCUUCCAUUCAUCAACUAUUCACUAUUGACCGAUAAUGCAUUACGCAAGAAACUAAGGGAUCUAGGGAUCCCCACGCACGGCUCACGAGAGUUGAUGCGUCGGCGGCACACCGAAUGGGUGAAUUUGUGGAAUGCCAACUGCGACUCGACGAAUCCCGUGUCCAAACGGCAGCUGCUUCAUGAAUUGAAAGUCUGGGAAGAUACUCUAGGAAGGCAGGGUGAUAAAGGGACAGCUUCGGGAUUCAUGGCCAAAGACUUCGACCGUGACAAUUACGUGAAAAACCAGAAGAGCAAUUUCGACGAUCUCAUCAAACAGGCGAGGCAGAGACGGGCGGUGGCAUCCGAUAGGCCUCCGCCAACAGCAGACAAUGGGACUCCUAGUGCAGCGGAAGAGCACAACGGUGCUUCAGAUCAGGGAGUCAAACCCCAGGAUCAUGUGAAACAGCCAGACGGGCGCGCAUCGAUCGCAUCUAUCAUCAUGCCCGAGUCACCCAACAUUGUCCAAGGAGGGCACUUGAAUGGGACCGACGAUCGACUUCCUCGGGGGAAGCCAAGCCAUUUGCCUGCGGACACAUCUCUCGAACAGCAAGCUCCAUCACCGUCCGAUUCGAUCCCCUCAAGGUGGCCUGGGUCCGAGGGCGAGCCUCCGGACACUCCGGCAAAUGGCUAUGCCGCGUAGAUCUGUAAUGAUGUUGUUGGUCUGAGGCUUCGUUACUUGGUGUGUCUCGCCUUGUGUCUGUUAAGCCCGACUAUCAGUGAACGCCGUGGCGACGAGUAGGCUGACUGCAUUGUACAAAGUCGGCCCUGGAGCUACAUGUCAUGAAUUGAUCUGACAUGACAGCGACGAGCUCAUGCUGUUAAGGCAUAUGUUUCGCUUUGGAGGCCGUGGCCUCGUUGUGGCAUUCUUGGACACAGCCUGUUGUCAAUGAACAUAACUGAAAUCGUGUUAAUCGUCUCUUUCAUCUCGCGUUGCCAACAGAUGGUUUAUGAUGUUUCCCCCAUAAUUCUCUCUUGUUGUUCGUUAUGCUGCGCUUGUCGCACCGCCUCGAGGCGAUUCUGAUCCUGGUUGGGUUGUUGCCGCACGUCGUCGAUGUCCAACUUCCGAAGUUUCUCCAUGCUGGAUGACAAUGAUUGCUCCAGUGCAGCGUCGGACAUCGGAACGUUCUCCUGAUCGUUCCGCGGCCGCUCCCUUGCCUGUGGUUGAGAUUCGGCUUGAGCAGCCUGUACCUGAUCCAGCUCCGCCAACCGCCUCCGGGUGGCUUCGGCCUCUUGGGCCUCGAUCUGCUUCUUGACUUCGCGUUCCUUCUCCUCCUGUUUGAUCCUCUCCUCGCGCUCCAUGCUUUCGAGUUCUUCGUCGACCUCUCCCUCAUCCAGGACGGCCUUUCCAUCCAGGGGCUCGGCAAUCACACCCGUGACUUCAUCAACCUUGCCCAUCUCCUCGCGCAGCGACUCCAGCACAUCUUCGACCUUCUCAACCCCGCCGACCUGUUUGUUCAGCGUCUUGAGCACGCCCGCACUGGCCUCCAUCGCAGCCACGACCUCAACCUGAUCAGCCGCAGCUUGGAUCUUGCCGUACACUUCUUCAAGCUGAUGCAUGGUGUCGACACGCGACUGUAGGGAGCGUUCCGCCAGCUUCUUCGAGCGAAGCGCAGAAAGGGCGGACGUUUUAUUACCUGCUUUGACAGCCUGUUGCGCGGUGCUCUGGAGCGUGGAGACACGCGCGGUCAGAUUGUCGAUUUGGGCCGUGAGAUUUGUAAUGAGAGUCUUCAGGGAUGCGAUAGAUCGGUCUUCAAGUGUGAUGGGUUCGGGUAGAGACGCCGCGGGAGCCUUGAAUUUAAUGGUGGUGGCAUCGUAGUUGAGCACCUGUUUGUCCCGGGCCAGAAACCGUAGUACGACAUUGACGUCCUCCUCCGACAGAGGCGUGUCACCCGGCACUAGAUCGUUCAGUUCCUUCGUGAGAAGUUCUCGGCUCAGAAUUCUAU